AUGGCUGUGACCAACCAACCAGGCAGAUACGAGGCUUCUGAGUUCCAGACCGGCCUGUGUGAUAUUUGCGAAGACAAAAGUGUUUGCUGCUACGGUCUGUGGUGCCACAUGUGCCUCGGCUGCACCAUUGCCAACGACAUGGGCGAGUGCUGCCUGUGUGGGCUGGGAAUGCCCAUCCGAAGCGUCUACAGGACCAAAUACAACAUCAGAGGAUCGAUGUUGGAGGACUUCAUCACGUCCUAUUUCUGUUCGUGCUGUGCCACCUGCCAGCUCAAGAGAGAUAUUGAACGCAGAAAGGCACAAGGCAUUUUCUGAACUGAUGCUGUCACUGCACCAGGCAAGCUGUGAAUGGGCUGGACUCAUUGAAGCAUUGGUGGUUACGGCCUUUUCUGCUUUUGAUUAAGAUUGCGUAUGACGGGCAAUACAGUAC